AUGCAAUAUAUAACGGCUACGACUUUAGAGAAAAAUGAUGAAUAUAAUUCCAUGGUGACAAUGGCUUUAUUUGAUAAAUUAAAUUGGGUUAUAAGGGAAAUACAAAAUAUUGAGCAACAAUUUAUAGUUUUUAACAAAAAACUCCAUAGCCUGGAAAAUAUAAGAAAAUCAAAUUUACUGGCUUUCAAAUUGGAAAUACGAGAACUGCUACAGCAGCAAGAUUUAAAAACUGAAAAGCUAUUGUGGCAAAUGGAACAGGAAGUAUUCAAAAAAAUGGAAUUGCAAGAAAUUAUAACAAAAAACACUUCCCUAGCUAUGGAGAACUUACAAAAUUUCAAUGUCGUUUCAUUAAAACAAAAUCGCAAUUGGCAGACAAUUUUACGGCGACAAGAUGGUUCUCAGAACUUUAAUCUCAGUUGGCAUGAUUAUAAAACCGGGUUUGGCAAUGUUAAUGGAGAAUUUUUCAUUGGUCUAGAGAAACUUCAUGCCCUCACCACAUAUGCUGAUCCUCAUGAGCUGUUAAUCAUUUUACAGGAUUUCGAUAAUCAAACCCGUUACGCUAAAUACAGUGAUUUUGUGAUUGGCAGUGAAAACGAAAACUAUCAAAUUAAAAAGAUUGACAAAUUUCAGGGUGAUGCCAAUGAUUCACUUUCUCAACAUUUGAAUUGUGGAUUUUCUACCUAUGAUCGUGAUAAUGAUAAUACAACAACGUCCCAUUGUGCAAAAGUGUUUCAGGGUGGCUGGUGGUUUUCGUCAUGCUAUAAUUCACAUUUAACUGGACCCUAUGUGCAUCAAUCAAAUAUUACGAGUAUUAAGGAGAAAGAUAAGGGUAUAAUUUGGAAUUCUUGGCAUGGUUUGAAUUAUUCAUUGAAAUAUGCUGAAAUGUUGAUAAGACCAAAAUAGUUGUUGAUGAGUUUUAUAUGAGUGAAGAUAAAAUGUUGUUUUGAUAUUUAAUUCCAUGAAAUUAUUUAUUAUAUUUUUGCUGCGUUUUUUUAAGAAUU